UGCUCAUACGGCGGUCACACUUAAGCGGCGAGCAGCCCAAUAGAAAAAUGUAAAUUGUGCAGCAAGUGAAAUUGAAAAGCAAUAAUAUUUAAGUGUGAUCCGUGGUGUCUCGCGACAUAAAGCUUUAUCGGCGAGCGGGCGACGCCGCCGUUGCCGCCCACUCCCCGUCCCCCGGAAAAACGCGCAGCCAGUGCGAUGGCCUCCCUACAUUCCAGUUGGCGUUUUGGCAAACGAAGCAAAUUACAAUUACGCAUUAAAGUUUCGCAGGAUCCGGAGGACUUUUACCGUCUGGAUCCGAAGCGAUCGGCCGCCGAAAAUGCCUUCGACAUAUACUCGAUGCUCUGCGUGGAGGAGACGCGGGACACCAAGCGGCUCUUCCUGCUCAAUGCGCUGGCCUCGCUCUGCCUGGGGGCCCGAAAGGGCUCCCACCACAGCAACAUACGCUUUAGCACCGAGGAGCUGCUCUACUGCCUGAGUGCCUCACUGGUGCACACCUUUACCCAAGUGCGAGCCGCGGCGCUGAGGACCAUCCGCUAUGCCCUCAACACACCCAAGGACAUUAAGGCGUUCAAUGCGCUGCAGCUGCAGCACCUGCUAUGUCGCUCCAUUGAUCUGAUGCUCAAGAACGACGAUGAGCGCGUCCAGGCACUGAAGCUGGUGCGCAAGAUGCUGGCCAUCGCGCCGGAGGACAUUAGUCCGGUGGUGGUGCGCUGCCUUGUCUCGCUCGCGGACAGCGGGAUCGAGGAGAACGACAACCUGCUCCGCGCCUGCCUGGCCACCCUGGCCGAGUUUGCCGUUCUCAAUCCGGCGCUGCUCAUCGUCUGCGGCGGCGUUACCUCCAUUACCCGCAAUGUACUUGAGUGUCACAAUCCCCGGAUCGCCGAGAGCCUCUGCGGUGUGCUUCUGUACCUCCUCGAGUGGCCACAGACGAGGAACAUCUGCGGCGUGCGACUGGACUGCCUGGCGGCACCGUACUGCGACUUCACCUAUAGGUUGGGCAUCAUGGAUAAAAACAAAGACGCCCGAGAACUUCGCUACACGAGCUGUCGACUGGCAUUGUUGUCCGUGCUGCGCAGCUGGACGGGCACCCUCGAAUUCUGUGAUCCUAGCAAACCCUCAGGCCUGAAAGCAAUAGUCGACGCUCUUUAUUUGAAUCAGGUCGAAGUCAGAAAAGCAAUACUGGAUUUGCUGUACGAGUUGCUCUCGCUGCCGCAGCCAACGGGAACGGACGAUUACGCGGUGGCACUGCAAGCUGUGGAUCCAUCGGACUUUCAGGCCACCUGGCUGCUAAGCAAUGGCUUCGUGUCCGCCGAGGGAAGAUCUAUUCUGCCAACACUGGCGUCGCGGGCGCCCAGCGUUGUGGAGCAACACAUGGCGCUGAUGCUCUACUGUUUCCUGCAAACCGGACUGCUCAACGCCCUCGUGGAGGUGGCGGUGGCCAGCGACCAGUGCCUCUCGGUGCAGGCCACUGUCCUGAUUGGCAAGAUUCUGCAGCUGAUGCACACGCACCUGCCGCCAGAUAUAUGCAGCACCAGUCCGGCUCUGCCCACUCUAGUGGACCAUGCCACCCAGGGCAAUCAGCAGGCCAAUGCGGCGGUUGCCGCUCUGCAAAACUAUCAGAAAAUGCUACGCCAGCGGCCGGCAUCAUGCAGUCUGUUCCUCGACAGCAUCAUCCAGGGUGGUGCCCUCAUCCAGACGCGUCUGUUCCGACGCCACCUCAACGUGCAGGAGCAGGCGGGUCCUGUGCUGCAAAUGCAGGACACGGCUGAGGCGGCCGGCUCUGUGGUACCGCCUGCUGUCAAUCAGUCGGGUCGGGCCACGAUCGAUCGCUACCGACUGGACUCGGUCUCCUCCAGGGACGAGGCCAAUCCGCAGGCAACGAGCUCGUCGAGAUCCAGUUUCCGACUGAAGCGAAAGUUCCUACCGCAAGCCUUCUUUGACAACUUCCGAGCAUUCAAUCGCCUGCUCACAGACUCUCGGGUGAUGACCGUUGCGGAUGCACAUCUCUGGGAUUGGGAUGUUAUCACCACAAUGCUUAAGUCGAAUUUAAUGCGUAAGCUGGACUACUCUCUGGGUAACUUCCUCAAACGCCUGGUGGACUUUUACAAGCCGCGCAACAAUCGGUUCUCGCACCAGGACUUGGUACCCGGACAAAGUCUGCCCACUUAUGUCAGUGCCGGGCUGGAUUUAAUCGAUGUCCUUUUGGGUAGCAAUGAGCUGGAGUUUAUGCGCUACAUAACCGACUACUUCUCGGACAUCAGCCAGCAGCUGGCGGCCGUCACCACAUCGAAUCGUGCCCAUGACUGCCUAUUUAGUCCGCAGCACAUGAACAACACGAUGUGUCAGCAGUAUUUCCUCUAUAUCGGUCGCAUGUGCCGGACUGUUAAGGGCAUCGAAGUGCUCAAAAACACAACCGUAUUCGAAUACUUGAUCAACUUGGUGCGAGGGACCGACCAUCUCUGCUAUGUAAAGCUGAUUGUGUCCGGCUUGAAUUAUAGCUACGAGAAGCAGCCGCGACAGGUGCUGGAGAAGGCGUUGACGUCGGCUAAGACGCGCAGCGGUCGGCUGUAUGCCACCCAAUUCAUGGCGGUGCUGCUGCGCGCUCGAUUGCCGCACUUUGAGGUUUGGGGCAUUCCGUUGAUCAUCAACCAGACACGGGAUUCGGACCGCAGCGUGGUGCUGGCCGCAAUGGAGGUGCUGGAGGAGGCCUGCCACGACAAGUACUAUCUGGAGGAGAUUGUCAGUCGGUGGCCCAAUCUCACACAGCGCGGCGACGCAGGACGACUGCUGAUGGCCCGCUAUUAUUCACUGCCCCGCGGCCUGAACAACACGAUGGCGCGGAUCGAGGAGGAGAUACGGUACUGGCGGAACGGCUACAACAAGCGCUACGUGCUCCUGGUCGAGGCUGACACCCACUCCAGUCUGACGCUGCACAUUCGCAACGAGGAUGGCUACUACUCGCGGCGCAACUGCAAUACGCGACCCCAAACUGUUCCGCCGAACAUAGCGCCCCAUCUCUACGGUCAGAUGGCGCAGACUGGGCAGGGAAUGACGGCGCUGAAGAAGCACGGCGAUCUGCCGCAGCUCAUUGAGCUGCUCAUGCGGGCCAAGUGCUCGGACGAUGCGGAGUGCCUGGAACUUAAGGCGGCCAUUUGGGCACUGGCCCACGCCUCAACCCAUGCCAAUGGAAUUGAAUACUUUGUGGAACAACAUGCAAGACUUUACGAAAAGCUAAUUGUGCUGGUGACCAAGUGUGAGGUAUAUUCGGUAAGAGCCACCUGUUUCAGUGCCUUAGGACUUAUUGCCGGCACCCAAGCAGGAGCCAAUAUUCUUUUUAAACUGAACUGGCUGAGCGUGCGACAUGAUAAGAACACCAUGUGGCCAGUGCAUCAGCCGGAGGAUUGGAUGUCUAACCAGUACACACCGGUGCGACAUUACUGCGAGGACGUUCCGUCCUACUCCAUGACAAUGAUGGAGGAUCAGAUUGAUGGAUUCUACUACUCCGACACCUAUUGGAAUCUGUUUGGCGACCAGUCGGAGUCCGGUGGGGCAGGAGGUGUGUCCGUAACGGGAACCGCCAGUGGUAUUCACCCCACGGUCCAGGAUCCAAUUGCAACGGCUACGAAUACCGAAGGCGUUCGCACCACAACGGACGAUGUGCAUCCCAGGAUGUUGCCGAACGCCGUUGGAGUGGCGGCCAAAUCAAGGACUCUGCCAGAGGGCAGCAAUCUGCGCCAGGGCAAGCACCAGCGUUCACUCUCCGAAUCGAAGACAACGGAUGUGAUCAGCUUGAUUGGUGGUGGUGGGUCGACCACGAUGCCGGCAACGGGUAUUUAUCCCACGCCGUAUCAGCACCGCAUCCGUUACAAUUCCUGCACGGAUUCGAACACAUCCGGGGUGAGCAGUUGCGAGUCGGUGACCGGACGCACUGCAGCCGCCGCCGCGGCAGCAGCGGCCAACAUGAGCGACUUCCAGCAAUGCACAUUGAGUCCUAUUCCGAGCAUGUCCAAUUUACUGGAGAGCGACGAGCUGAUCCGACGACAGCCGCUGGCCAACAGUCUGCUGCCCUCGACCCUUAGCCCAAUGGCCAUGAAGGGUCUCGCCCAGCUGCGCUCCCUGCGCGCCAACAGUCGUCCGGUCAUCUCAGAGUCGGCGGUGGCCUUCUACGAGUUCGCCGAUAUGAUCGACACCCCCGAGGUUCAGAUGCGCAAGCCCCACUGGACGCAUCCCCACCGGCGGCUCACGGUGCGCAGUUUGGAUCGCCAGCCAAAGUUGAGUGAUUUGUACAGACACUUUUGCCGGCGCCUUUCUGGAGACGAGACCGCGCUGCUGCCCACGCUAAAUGCUCCAAAGUUCCUCAACCAGAAUGAUCAGCAGGGGCCGUGCUACUCGGGCAUCUGCCUGCCCAAGAAUGUACUGGACCUGUUUCCCACGCGCAAUCUCAGUCGAACGUACGUGUCGCGCGACAUUCAGGACCAAGAUCUGAUUGGCAUCAAUCUGCUGACCAGCAUGGGUCGCCAGCAGUUCCUCAACGAUUCCCUUACGAACGAAGGCGGCGAUGAGUCUUCGGUGAUUUCCUCGCUGUCGGAUGUUUCGUCUGCCAGUCGACGGCAGCCACGACAGUGGCAGCAGGGUGCCAAGCACGCCCGCAGCCAGUGCCUCCAUUGCGCCCGUUCGCCGCGACAGCAGCGGCAGGACAACAGCGGCAGCCAGAGCAACGGCGGUGGUGGCGCCUCCCUCGCUCCCUGCGAGCUGUAUCCCAGUACAGCGGCGUUUCUAGUGGCGGCCGGCAUCCAAAGCGGUAACAAGAAGAGCGGUUCGUCGGCUCCCGGAGCUUCGGCGGCCUUGGGUGCGGACAUCAGCUUUCAUUCGCCGGAGAGCAUGCUGAGCGAGGACAGCCUGCCGGACAGGCUCACUGCCUCCAUUCUGUACAAUGUCCAGCGUCUGGCCAAUCCCGUCAGUGCCAAGCAAUCGAAAAUGGCUCUGCUGGAGCUGAAGCAAAAGCAUCCGCACGCCUUUCAAGAUAUUUGCCUUUACUCUGAGUCCUGCAAGACGCUGGGCAGGAGCAGUUAUCGAAUGAUUGCCCGUCGCUUCCUCCAGGAGCUCUUCCUGGACCUCAAUUUCGACUCGUUCUACGUGGAACCGCAGCUGAUAAUCCGGAAGUUUCCAGCUGAGGAGAAAGCUGAGGCCACGCCGCCCACGGCAAUGCCGGCUAUGCCGUUCAAGGCGAUGAACCUCAAGCCCAAGCCGGCGGCUCAAUUGGCCAGCGUGUACGAGACCAGUUGGGAGAACCUGCUUAUGGAUCAGUCGCCACGAAUAAACAAGUCCUCGCCUGCUGCUCAGCCGGCGAAUGCGCAACAGAAGCCAAAAUUACACAUCGACGACACGGAGAGUUCCUUGUCCAGCAGCGACGGCGACGGCGAGGGCGAGGGCGAUCCCGGCGAGGAUGUGUGCGACGGCAGUGGAGCCGGUACGCAGGCCAGUUCGGUGACCACCGCCCACACAGCUCUGCCCACCGGGAACAGCAAUCGCAGCAGCAUCUGUACAAUCAGCCAACAGCCACCGGGCGCCGCAGUUGGUGUGGCUACCAACGCAUCCGCUGGAGCGGCGAGUGCAUCGGAUGAGGGUGCCACCAGUCUGAGGAACGAAAACCGACAGUACACCCGUGGACGCUUCUACACACUUGAACUGGACUUGAGCUGCACCAAGAACAAGUUUCCCAUCAAGGAUCGCUCGCAGACUGUGCCGAUCCUGAGGCGUCAGGUGAGCGCCGAUGCGCAGGCAGUGUCGCCCGUCGGCGCCAGCAACGAAUCCACGUCGGCUCUAAACUACUCCGAGGUGACCAAGAGCCUGGCAGCAUCGAUGGCCAAGCCGGUGGGCAGUCUCUACUGCGAGAAGCGUUUGCAGAGCUCGAAAUCGGAAGCGGUUCUCGACGAGGUGGCGAUUGCGAGGAGAGCAUCCGGUGGAGCCGGGGUGACCACCUGGCGCCAGAUCCUGGACACACUCGGCGAGGAUCAACCGAAGUAGUGCAACGACGUGGACGCACUGCCUGCCUGCCCUCUCACAUCUCAUUUACCGCCCGCCCGCCUUCCUAAGCCCGAAACCAAUCGGAUGAAUGUAAUAUAUCAAAUCAAAGAGAAACAUGUAGCUACUUAGUUUUAGGCAAACCAUACUAUAGGUACUAAGUUAUUUUCGCCUAGUUCGUUAAGACUAAUGUUAUUACCAUAAUUAAUUUUACGAUCACCACUUAUGCAUAGUUAUUUUUAAUGAAAUUUGUAACCUUAAGCAGAAGAAAAAACCAACCAACAAGAAACAACAAAAAAUCCCAAAAAAUAUUAUAUAAUUUCUAUUAUAAUAUCUACGAACAUAUUUUAUAAAAGCAAGAGCGAAAGCAAAUUGGAUGAAUACCUUGAAAGCAACAAGAAACAACCACAAACCACCGCAAUUUAUUUAAUCAAUUGUACUUAACUAAAAACAAAACAAAACAAAAAAAAAACAGUGGCAGACAAAACGAGUAAGACCACAAAAUCCUUAAAACCAAUAAACUAUCAAUAAACUUGAGAAGAAGCAACAAAAGCGAAUAAAGUGAAUCGUUCACAACCAAUUAAGAAACCAAAAUAAAAUCAAUAAAUUAAAAAACAUUGAACCCUCUA